UUUGACGAUUUUAACUUGACGUUACAGGAUAAAAGUUGUGGUUCAGCCGCGAAAAUUGUUUCGUGUGGAGCUAUUUUUUAAAUUUUUGAUUGCAUUUUCGUACUUUCGACAGUGAUUUUACAGUCAAUCUUUUACAAACAUGUAUUAGAGGAGCCUGCAUACCACAUUCAUUUAAAAUCUAAUCUAAAAAGUAACCCAUCAUAUAAAUCCGACAGUGCAGAGUUGAAGUAGCCAGAAUUUAAACAAAAUUUUGCGAGUUGAUUUGCUCCUUAAAUAUGUCGACCGAUGCUGUUACUGAUGCCACUGAUUCAAGCGAGGAUUCUGCUUCGCAAAACGCGACAACGACUAACAAAGCGGAUGAAAACGUGAAUCAACCGGAUUGUGAUACUGAUAGUUGUAUCGAAAACGAAAGCAAUGCGAGCCAACCGGUGGAUAUCGCAACAACAAAAGUCGAGCAGGAAUCUUCAUCAAUCGAAGAUGUAGAGUUAACACCUGUAAAACAAAUUGAGUCCACAAUACUUGGUGAGGGUAGUAUAUUGGAACAUGUACAAUUGAGUCCUAGAGAACAAACAGAGUCCACAACUCUUUGUGAAGACAAUGCACAGUUAGUUCCUAGGGAUCAAAAUCAAACUCCAACCCUUCCUGAAGAUAAUUCAACAGAAGAUGUGAAGUUAAGCCCCAGAGAAGAAACACAGUCCACAAAUCUGUGUGGAGACAAUGUACAGGUAAUUCCUAGAGAUCUAAACCCGACUCCAACCCUUCCUGAAGAUAAUGUAACGGAGGAUGUAGAGUUGACUUCUAGAAAGGAAAUCAUGUCCCCAAUUCUUGAUGAUACCAUUUCGACAGAUCUAGGAACAGAAUGUAAAGAAAAAGUCUUAGAUAAUGCCAGUGAAGACAGUAGUAAUGACUUCAAAACAGAACAACGAGAAGAAAGUGACGGGGGUGGUCUUAGAGAUGAUGAAUUAUAUGAUAAACUGAGUUGCAGUAGCCCAGAACCUGGAGAAUUACAAGACGAAGAAUUAGAUCAUCCCGAAAGCCCCGGUAACAACAGAAAUCUAGGCGAUGAAGAAAUCAUGAAAGCAAAACAUACAAAACAAAACAUGGUUACCGAACAUCAACAACAUAACGUUAAACUAGAACCAUUGCAAGCUGCCGAAUGGAGACACGGCAGCCAUAGUUCAGACGAAACGGAUCUGAAAGAACGGAAACCUUUUCUCGAAGACCUUUCGGACGAUGAGUUGAAUCAUUCUUCUCCAACGGUAAAACAUGAGGAUUCUUCUGGCCCAGAAGACGACAUAACUCACAAAAGUCCAAUGCCAAACUCGCCCAGUGAAAAACCAGAACAAACAAAACGAUUGGCCAGUAUUUUCGAGAAGAGAAUUAAAAAGGAAGAGGCAUGCUCCGAAGGAAUUUUACAAGAAAAAUUAAAACAAUACUUCGGUCACAACGAUUUCAAAAGCUCAUUGCAGGAGGAAGCUAUCCAGACCAUUAUCACGAGAACACGCGACGUUUACGUUUCGAUGCCGACCGGUUCAGGAAAAUCUCUCUGUUUCCAGUUGCCUGGAGUAAUGCAAGACAAUAAGGUAACGAUUGUCUUUUCGCCUCUGUUGGCUCUCAUAAAAGAUCAGCUGGAUACUCUCGCAAAAUUGAAAAUUCCCGCUAAUUCUAUCAAUUCAAAAAUGAGCAAUAAGGACCGCGAUCGAGUGUUGAACGAUUUGAAAAGCAUUCGCACGGACAUCCGUUUUCUAUACAUCACACCUGAGCAGGCGAACACAUCUACUUUUAAAGAGCUAAUGAAAAUGCUAGUCAAACACAAAAAAGUAGCGUACGUUGUAGUCGAUGAGGCACACUGUGUCAGUGAGUGGGGACAUGACUUUCGUCCGGACUAUCUAAAACUUGGCGCAUUACGCUCUGAGUAUCCAUCGAUCCCCUGGAUUGCCCUAACGGCAACAGCCUCCAAAAAAGUUGUGGAUGAUAUUUUCAAAAACUUACGGUUAAAAGAACCGGUAGCAAAAUUCAAAACGUCUUGUUUCCGCCAAAAUCUCUAUUACGAUGUUGUAUUCAAAAAUUCUAUACAGGAUGACUACAUACACCUUCGAGACUACAUAGAAAGUAUUUUGGAAAAAGAUGAGACUGAUAUUAAGCCUGCUAAAAAAUCAUGUGGUAUAAUUUACUGCCGAACACGAGAAACGACAGAACGCGUGGCUAACAGUUUGACAAAACUUGGUUUAAAAACUGCGGCUUACCAUGCGGGUUUGAAGCAGUCCGAGCGCGUGGCAGUCCAAGAGGACUGGAUGGAUGGAAAAUAUCCUAUCAUUUCUGCAACUAUUAGUUUUGGUAUGGGCGUUGACAAAGCUUCAGUACGGUUCGUCAUUCACUGGGACGUUCCUCAAAGUGUUGCAGCGUACUACCAAGAAUCCGGUCGAGCAGGGCGCGAUGGGAAAAAGUCAUAUUGUCGAGUUUAUCAUUGCCGAGACCAGUGCAAAUCAAUAGACUUUUUGCUCCAGCAAGAUUUGCAGAAAGCUAAGAACACCGCUAAAGAAGACAAAGCCAAAUUAGCUAUUCGGAACUUCGGAAAGAUUGUUGAAUAUUGCGAAACGCCGCGCUGCAGGCAUAGACUGUUUUCAGACUUCUUUGGAGACGAUCCCCCGGAGUGCAUUAAUAUGUGCGACGUAUGUACUAAUCCGAAAAAGGUAGAAAGCGCGAUCGAAACCUUCCAGCAACUGUCUGUAUCAGGAAAGUUGAAAACAAAGAUAGGUUUCGAUGAUAAUUUUGAGGAUCUUUACGAAGGAGGCCGUAAAGGAUUGAAAAAUGAUUGCGAUGAAAACGACGAGACCGAGGACAUCGGUGCUCGCGAAACGAGGGCUAAAAAAGAAACUGAGUUGCUCAUACAGAAGCAGUUUGCACUACGGAAAGCUGCUGCGGCGAAAGACUUAGAAAUGCACAAAACUGCAUCCAUUAGUCGAAUAAAAUAUGCGCUACAGACAACCGUCAAAGUUAGCGGUUUAACCAUUUCAUCCCGGGAAGCUCAUCUGUCACUGUUGAUUGAGCUACUAAAGAAAAAUACUGAAACAUGUAAAAAUUCUGAUCCACCAGAACACGAUUUGGUUUAUAAAGACUUCGAAGAUAUUGCAAUUGAAAUGGAAUAUGAAGCAUUUACGAACAGCACGGUUGCCAGUUUGUACAGAAGAUCCAUUGCUAAACACAUCACCGCUAUCAAAGCAGCAACCUCGUCCGAAAUGCUUUAUCCUGAAUUGAAAAACUAUGUACCGAAGGCGCGUAACUCACACGGCGGAGAGUUCAAAACUAUUGAGGCGGAACUAAAGCGCAAAUAUGGAGAUGAAAUCACAGCCGAGUUGCGAGGGGACGAAGAACAACGGUCGACUGGACUGCCUAAAGGAAGCAGUAAUGGUGAUCGGCGUCGUGAAAACACUAAAUUUACUAACUCUAAUAGAGAUGGUAAGAGUCAGCCAUCUAUUCAGUCAUAUUUCGAUAAAUAUGAAAGUCGAAAUGAAACCAAGAAAACCAGUAGCUUAAAGCUCGACGACGGAGAUUUGUGGGAUAUCGCAGACGACGUCGCGGCUAGCUCAAGCACCGCAACUCCCGAAUCAAAGAAGGAUUUAAAAACGAUUAUAAUUGAUGAACAAAGAUCACCCUCAGUUGAAAUAGUGUCCAGCGACUCGUACUCUCAUAGGUCUAAAGAAUCGAAAGACGAAUGGGACCGUAGAGAGCGUAAGUCAAAAAAGAGAAAAUCCAGAACAAGAUCACGAGAUCCAUCGCGAGAUCGCUCACUGACACCACGUGCAAGGGAUGUGUCUCGGGAAAGAUCUCGAGGAUUUUCAAGAAGUAAAUCAAGGCGUCGUUCACGUGAUAGGUCUAGAUCUCGUGACCGUUAUUCACACCGUUCUAGAAGAUCUCGCUCCCGAGACUACGAAGAUAGUCGCAAGAAGCAUAAAAAGUCUAGAUCUAGAGCCGAAGAACCAGAUGAUUUUUAUGACCAUAGACCGAAAAAACGGUUCUACAGUGAUUAUGAUGAAAAACCUCCUAUAAAACGGCCUCCAUCACCAUUAGAAAGUUAUAGUUAUCCUAGUUCUAAGCAGCGAGUAUCACAUUAUGAUCGCAAGGCUUCAGUUACCACAGAUUAUGCGCCUGCUUACACUAGCACCAGCACUAAUAGUGGUAACAAUGCAAGAAUCUACGGUAGCUAUGAAUCACCAGCCACUGGUAGUGGGAAAGGUACAUUAUUCUCAACCGAUGAUAUGUGGGAUGAUGAUACCUCAACUGUUUCGAAAAAAGCAGAAUCAUUGGCAGAUCAACUUUUAGACUAUGUUGCUCCACCCCCUCCACCUCCUUCAGCUGUCAAAACACCUCCACCGCCGCCCCCCAGCAUCACUGAAUCAAGCUAUUCUACAGGCUAUUCUAUCUACAACCAGCAAACAAUGCAAACUGUUUGUCAGCCACCCCUUCCGCCAGCACAGCCUGUAUCACCACCGAGGGAAAAAACUAUUUCGAAAAAGACAUAUAACUAUUUGUUCGAGCCCUCUCCCGAAAAAACGAUUAUUCAGUAUGAUCAUAAAAAAACUACGGCUUCGGCAACCAAUUUGUCUCCCCCCACAGUACCAAUAGUUCAGGUGAAAUCAUUAACUGCUGCUCAAUACAAUGCAGCAGCGCAAAUACACGCAACGCUGCAAAAACUGAAUGCCGCUGUGUCUAAUGCUGCGGCACGCAAUGGAACAUCAUCAUCAUCUUCUUCGUCGUCAUCCCUUUCGACUUCGGUGGCGACAAUAGCAUCAACAGUUUCGAAAAAACCUACUAUCCUCAACAACAGUAGUAGCAGUAAUACCAGUACUACCAGUGUUACUGUGGUGCCUCCCUCAAGCACCACUACUUCCGCAUCAUCCUCGUCCACCAGUAUUCCCAAAUCGGUACAUAAUUCUGAAGGGACAGUUAAACUGCAAAACAUUCAAAUCGAGCAAGAAAAAGUCUCCAAGAAAAAUCUCGCCGAUGUCGUCAUUCGCUUUCUUAUGCCGUACUAUCGCCAACAAAAGAUCAAAUCCAAGGAGCUGUUUAAGGGUCUAGCCCGAACCAUUUCGCACAAGUUUUACGACGUGGAAGUUGUUGUGGAUCGGAAAGUAAAAAAGUACAUUGACGACCUGAUGACUCACAAAGGUGUGAUAGCCAGCGAGGCAGAUUUUCCUCAUUAGCAGUAGUGUGGUGCCGAGCGAAUAGGUCCAUGUAAAUAAAUGAAACAAUGCGUGAAAUAGCCUGUAAUCUAGCAUUAUAUAGAGUAUAGAUUUCGUGCUUAAAAUGAUUAUCUAGCUUAGUCGGUAGGCAUAUUCUCAAUUUAAGUAACUGACAAACCAUUGAAGCAGCGGCAACCAACGGCAACAUGUGAUAGUUGCCUAUCUUGUUGAACAAGAGACAACUUUGUUGACGUCCGGUAAGACGCCAAAGUGUAUGGAAAUAAAACUUCAGAGAUUAUUCUUACCCAUCUUUUCAUCUGUAGCGAAGAGUCGAAUAUUCAUUGUUGAUGGGUUUGUUCCUUUCCUUGGAAUUACAAAAUAGUUUCAAGAUAGUGUCAUCAAGCGCGCAGCAAUGUCACCCUUAGAUAACCGCAUAAAGCAGAUGAAGCAGGAAAGUUUCAGUUAAUACCUUGAUAAGAUAGUAGCAAUUGCCACUAUAUAAAAUUAGUAUGAAUAAAAUUUCGGCAUUCAGGCUAAAAACUUUGUUAAAGCUA